AUGUCUUACAAGUAUGCCGACCUCCCUCAGUUCUCAUAUGCAUCGGUCCAACGUCAAUAUUCGACCUUUGACUAUGAGACUAAAUCUUUCCAAUUCUACCCUGUCACCUAUUCAACGACCGAUCUGACCGAGGGCCAAAACCAGGACAACAAGGAGCCCACCGCCGACGAACCGGAGAAGGACCCUACCUCUGAAGAUCCCCCUGCCGCUGAGCCAAGUGGUGAUGACAGCCCACCCGCUGAACCUACAGAUACUGCGGAGGCUGCCCCAGAGGCUAAGGAAGAGGGCAAGGAUGAGCCAGCGCCAGAUGCAGAGAAUCCUGACGAGGCUUCCAAGGAGGCUGCCGUAGAGGACGCGAAACCUGCGGAGGAUGCAAAACCUGACGACGGCGCAGCGCCCGAAGGUGAAGCCAAGCCUGAGGGGGAGGCCAAACCUGAAGAGGAGGCCAAACCUGAAGAGGAGGCCAAACCUGGAGAGGAAGCCAAACCUGAAGAGGAUCCAAAACCCGAAGGCGACCCAAAGCCUGAAGAUGAAUCUAAACCCGAAGACGGUGCGGCGCCCGAUGACAGCGCAGAGCCUAAAGAGGAAUCAAAGCCUGAAGAAGAGGCAAAACCUGAAGGUGGAGAAGAUGCUCCAGCAGGCGAAGACACGAAAAAAGGUGAUAAUGGCAACAACGAUGAAGAUUUCCCAGAUUUUGAUCUAGAUGUUGAUCCUGAGGCAGUAGCAGCCGAGAAAGAGGCUGCUGCUAAAGCGGCCGCCGAAGACGCCCUAGAAAAUGGGGAAGAUGCACCGAAGGCCGAUGAAGCACCUGCAGAGGAACCAGCAGCGCCCGAGCCACCCGCAGAGGAGCCAAAGCCAGAGGAAAAGCCAGCGAGCAAGAAGAAAAGAAGGCCAGCAGCAGAGCCAGAGCCGGCAGCAGAGCCAAUGCCCGAGCCAGCCGUCGAGCCCGAGCCAGCAGUAGAGCCCGAGCCAGCAGCAGAGCCAACGCCCGAACCAGCUGCCGAAGCAGCGGCGGAGCCGGCGCCAGAACCAGCGGCGGAACCAGCGGCGGAGCCCGAACCAGAACCAGCAGUAGAAUCAACACCAGAACCAGCUGCCGAAACAGCGCCGGAGCCUGAAGCUGAGCCUGAAAAGCCCGCAGAUAAUCCUCCUGAUACCCCAACCCCAGAAGAGCCAGCAGCACCCGAGCCACCCAAGGGCAAGAAGGGCAAGGCAGCCGAGCCAGAGCCAGCACCAGCACCAGAGCCAGAGCCAGCACCAGAACCACCUGCCGAAACAGCGGCGGAGCCAGUGCCAGAACCAACACCAGAACCAGCCGCCGAAGCAGCGCCGGAGCCUGAAGCAGCGCCGGAGCCUGAAGCAUCACCUGAAACAAGCGAACAACCAGCGGAAGCAGAGGCACCAGCAGCAGAACCUGAGCCUGCUCCACCUGCAGCAGAAGAAAAGGCCCCCGAAGAACCUGUCAAGCAACCAGAGCCCGAAGCUACGCCAGUUGAGGAAACACCUGCUGCCGAACCCGAAGCUGCCGCGGAGGACAAGGUGGAAGCUGUAGAGCCGGAACCAGUCGAGGAAACUCCCAAAGAGGCACCCGUCGAAGAAAGCACUCCAGCCGAGCCUGCCCCCGAACCUGCUGCUGAGCCUACUCCCGAACCUGCUGCUGAAGCUUCCGUUGAGCCAGCCGCCGAACCUGCUCCCGAGCCAGCUGCUGAACCCGCUCCCGAGCCUGCUGCUGAAGCUCCCGCUGAGCCUACUCCCGAACCUGCUGCUGAGCCUACUCCCGAGCCUACUGCUGAAGCUUCCGCUGAGCCAGCCGCCGAACCUGCUCCCGAACCAGCUGCUGAACCCACUCCUGAUCCAGCUGCUGAGCCCGCUCCUGAGCCUGCUGCUGAACCUGAGCCUGCCGCUGAGCCUGCUCCCGAACCUGCUGCUGAACCCGCUCCCGAGCCUGCUGCUGAAGCUCCCGCUGAACCCGCUCCUGAACCUGCUGCUGAACCCGCUCCCGAGCCUGCUGCUGAAGCUCCCGCUGAACCCGCUCCCGAACCUGCUGCUGAACCUGCCCCUGAGCCUGCUCCCGAACCAGCUGCUGAACCAGCUGGUGAACCCGCUCCUGAACCUGCUGCUGAACCAGCUGGUGAACCCGCUCCUGAACCUGCUGCUGAACCCGCCCCUGAGCCUGCUGCUGAACCCGCUCCUGAACCAGCUGCUGAACCCGCUCCUGAACCUGCUGCUGAACCCGCCCCUGAGCCUGCUCCCGAACCAGCUGCUGAACCAGCUGCUCCCGCAGCGGAAGCCAUUGAGCCAGUUCCUGAAGCUCCCGAGGCACCUCCCGCUGAAGAGGAAGCAGCGACUGAAGGAGCCCCCGCUGCCGCAGAUCCUGUAGAGGAGCCUCCUGCCCCGGAACCAGCGGUUGAGGCACCUGCUCCUGCCCCGGUGGAAGAAGCACCCGCUGCCGAGACACCCACAGAAGCUAUAGCAGAACCGGAGGUCGUACCCGAUGAAGCGCCAAAGGAAAUUACAGAGGAAACACCUGCUGACCAGCCAACGCCCGAAGAGCCAGCUCCUGUCGAAGCAGCCCCAGCUGAGACACCAGAGGUUGAUGCAGCUGCAGUCCCAGCCGAGACUCCAACACCGGAAGAGGCAAAGCUUGAGACACCGCCAGAUGAGCCAACUCCCGAGCCCGAGGCUGCCAGAGCCCUCCCCGCUGAAGACCCACCUGCUGAGCCAGUCGCCAUCCCCGCUAGCGACGAAGUGGCGCCCGACGAGCUCGUACCACCCCCAGCAGACACCCAGCCUGAGGUGGAGAUGAUCGACGCUGGGCCUCUGGGCGAAAGCGCAGAAGCAGCCGCAGCCCGCCACUCCCGACGCCGCAGAAAGCGUAGCUCGCCGAUCGAGGGGGAGCGUCGACACUCCAAGACAUCAUCCGAAGGCCGCCGGGAUCAACUCCAGCGCCAGAAGAGCGAGCGAGGCAUCCUCAGCAACCGCUGGGCGAAGGCAAUGGAAGAAGCGCGACGCCAACGCGACGAGAAAGUCCAAUGGGAACGAAAACAGCGCGCUCUCGCCGAGGAACGGGAGCGCAGUGGCGUUCCUGCCCCCGAGAAACUGAAGCGCUCGAAGAGCUCGUCCAAGGAGAAGGUGAGGGAGAAGGAGAGGGCAAUGGAACCAGAAAUGGAGGCCGAAGUCGUCGAACCCAGAUCCAAGCGCCGCACCUCCGGAACACCCUCCAGUCAACCUCUCGAACGAGCCCGCUCAACCAGGACCUCUUCAUCGAAGCAGGUAUCAACAUCGAUACCCACGCCCAAGCCCCGCGCCUUCCUGCGAUACAUGACAGAAGGCAAAUCGGAUACCAAUGGGCCUUUGCUGCGUCUGAAUGCCACUAAGGCUUCGCCGCCCAUUGAAAGACCACGCCGGUCAUCGACAAGUCAUAGCAGUGGCAGCCGUCACGAUCGUGCGGAGUAUGAAGAGCGACAGUCUAAUGGUCGGUCUAGUGGAUCACGGUCACGACGCGAAGAGGAGCCUCGUCGCAUUGAGCGUGCUGAGCGUGCUGAGCGCAGUGAGCGUGUUGAGCGCACUGAGCGUGUUGAGCGCACUGAGAGUAGAAGAUUGCGACGCUCGUCGACGGCUGAGCAUGAGGGAGAUAUGGAGAGGGAGAGGGAGAAGAGGCCUGAGGGCUCCUCCCGGCGUUCCAGGGAGACAAGAGAGGCGCGCCAUCAUCGUCGCCACAGACGCGAGGAAUCUCCUCCCCGAGAGGAGUCGAAGCUGAAGGGUCUCUGGAGAGCGAUUGCUGCCCAUUGA